CGCGCCCGGCGUCCCCCGUCCCGCGUCCCGCGUCCCGGGGCCCCGUGCAGCAGCGGCCAUGCCGCCACGGCGCAGCAUCGUGGAGGUGAAGGUGCUGGACGUGCAGAAGCGACGGGUGCCCAACAAGCAUUAUGUCUACAUCAUCCGGGUCACGUGGUCCAGCGGCGCCACAGAAGCCAUUUACCGGCGCUACAGCAAGUUCUUUGACCUCCAGAUGCAGAUGCUGGACAAAUUUCCCAUGGAAGGAGGACAGAAGGACCCCAAACAGCGGAUCAUUCCCUUCCUGCCAGGCAAGAUUCUCUUCCGCCGAAGCCACAUCCGGGACGUGGCCGUCAAGCGCCUGGUGCCCAUCGAUGAGUACUGUAAGGCUCUGAUCCAGCUGCCACCCUACAUCUCGCAGUGCGAGGAGGUGCUGCAGUUCUUCGAGACGAGACCCGAGGACCUGAAUCCACCAAAAGAGGAGCACAUUGGGAAAAAGAAAUCUGGAGGUGACCUGACCUCGGUGGACCCCAUGGUGCUGGAGCAGUAUGUGGUGGUGGCCAAUUACCAGAAGCAGGAAAGCUCAGAGAUCAGUCUCAGUGUGGGCCAGGUGGUGGACAUCAUCGAGAAGAAUGAGUCAGGGUGGUGGUUCGUCAGCACAGCUGAAGAGCAAGGCUGGGUCCCUGCCACCUGUCUCGAAGGACAGGACGGCGUGCAGGAUGAGUUCUCUCUACAGCCGGAAGAAGAGGAGAAGUACACGGUCAUCUAUCCGUACACAGCUCGUGACCAGGAUGAGAUGGACCUGUUCAGGGGGGCUGUGGUGGAGGUUAUCCAGAAGAACCUGGAAGGCUGGUGGAAGAUCAGGUACCAAGGCAAAGAAGGCUGGGCCCCCGCCUCGUACCUGAAGAAGAGUAGUGGGGAACCCCUACCCCCGAAGCUUGGCCUCGGCUCACCCUCCCACUCCGGGGCCCUGGAUCUAGAUGGUGUUUCCAGGCAACAGAAUGCAGUGGGCAGGGAGAAAGAGCUGCUCAACAACCAGAGAGAUGGCCGGUUCGAAGGCCGCCUAGGGCCCGACGGGGACUCCAAGCAGAGAUCACCAAAGAUGAGGCAGAGACCUCCUCCUCGUCGGGACAUGACUAUUCCUCGCGGCCUCCAUCUGCCCAAACCGCCCAUCCCGCCGCAAGUGGAAGAGGAGUACUACACCAUCGCCGAGUUCCAGACCACCAUCCCCGACGGCAUCAGCUUCCAGGCGGGCCUGAAGGUCGAGGUGAUUGAGAAAAACCUGAGCGGCUGGUGGUACAUUCAGAUUGAGGAUAAAGAAGGCUGGGCCCCUGCCACUUUCAUUGACAAGUACAAGAAGACCAGCAAUGCCUCGAGACCCAACUUUCUGGCUCCCCUGCCCCAUGAGGUGGCCCAGCUCCGGCUCGGGGAUGUGGCUGCCGUGGAGAAUAAUGCAGGAGGUGACGCCGUGGGGCCCUCGCGGCCCCUGCCGGAGGCACCACACGGUGCCAUGGACUUUGGAAUGCCCUGGUCCAAGGACUGGAAGGGCGGGAAGGACAUCCUGCGGAAAGCAUCUUCAGACGCGUCUGCGUCAGCGGGCUACGAAGAAAUCUCCGACCCAGAUCUGGAGGAGAAACCCAGCCUCCCUCCUCGCAAGGAGUCCAUCAUUAAGUCAGAAGGAGAGCUGCUGGAACGCGAGCGGCAGAGGCUGGAGCAGCUCCGGGGCUCUUCACCCAAGCCCCCGGGUGUGAUCCUGCCCGUCAUACCUGCCAAGCACACACCUCCAACCCGGGACAGCAGGCGGCCGGAGCCCCGACCCGAGAAAGGCAAGCUGUUCCAGCUGAAGAACGACAUGGGGCUGGAGUGCGGCCACAAGGUGCUAGCCAAAGAGGUGAAGAAGCCCAACCUCCGGCCUGUGUCCAAGUCCAAAGCCGAGCCACCACCCGACGAGAAGCCAGAAGCCGCGACCCAGAACCCCUUCUUGAAGUCCAGACCUCAGGUUAGGCCCAAACCGGCUCCCUCCCCCAAGACGGAGCCACCUCAGGGUGAAGACCAAGUGGACAUCUGUAACCUCAGGAGUAAGCUCAGGCCCGCCAAGGUCCCCGAGAAAGCCUCCGUGGACGGGGAUGGUCUUCAAGAUGCAGCCCUCAGCCGAAAUUUCCUCCCAGGAGGUUCCCAGGACAGGCCGGGUAGACCAGAGGGACUCAACCCAAAGGAGGCAGUGUGCAGAGCUCCUCUGAGGUCAGCCAAGACCUCAGACCCCGUGCCCAAGGCUGUGCCUGUCCCGCUCCAGGAAACUCAGCAGCAGAGACCAGUGGUCCCACCCCGGAGACCUCCCCCACCCAAGAAGACCUCAUCAGCCUCAGCCUCCAGGCCCCUCCCAGAGGUCAGAGGGCCACAGCGUGAAGUCCAUGACGGUAGGGCUGUACCUGGCCCAGGCCGCCCCUUGCUUGUCCCUCCCAAAGCCAAACCGUUCCUCUCCAACUCCUCAGGGAGCCAGGAUGACAUGCGAGGAGGUCCCCGGCCAGAUGCCGGCAGAGCAGGAGAAGGCAGAGAGAAAGCGCCCACCACCACUGCCUUCGCCAAUGCCGACAGCUCCAGGGACUCUGUAUACGUGGCUGUGGCCAACUUCGAAGGUGACGCAGACACCAGCAGCUUCCAGGAAGGGACAGUGUUCGAAGUCCGGGAGAAGAACAGCAGCGGCUGGUGGUUCUGCCAGGUCCUGAGUGGGGCGCCUUCCUGGGAAGGCUGGAUCCCUUCCAACUAUCUCCGCAAGAAGCCAUAGGAGCCCCCUGACCUCCGUGGCUCGCUGUCUCUGCUGGUGACCUACCUAUUUAAUAUGCCUCUUAAUUUAUCAUUCUCCAUGCAGCUUUGAAGGAAGACCCAGAGGCCUUUGGGUGCUUCGCUCCCACAGGUGCAGAGCUAGUCACUGAGACAGCAGGAGCCCAGAGGGUCCGAAUCCCACCAUCACAGCACCUACUGCUGUAGGCGCCCACACCCUGGUACCCACACCCUGGCUCUCUGUCUUCCACGUCAGCAUCACUGCCUUAUUAGCCAGUGGCAGUAGGACAGUAACUGUCCUGGGUCCCCUGGGACUAGGUGGAACCUGUCCCUGAAGAUGAACUCCAGAGAAGGUCUGUUUCUAGUGGCUUGUACAAGGCACAGCAAUGGGCAGACCACAUGGUUCAUGAAGACUUGCUCUAACUCUUGCAUGGUUCCCAAAUGCCUGGCACUGGACAGAACUGCAUCCUGUGGAAGCCAACUCUAUAGCCAGGCCCUAGGACAGUGUGCUUUUCCUGAAGCCUCAGACCCAUGAGCUUCUGCGGUCCAACCAGAUGCAGUUUUACCAGAAGCAGCCCUGAGGGCCACCCUGCAUCCCAUCCUCCAAAAUGGGAC